AUGGCGUUUGCCGCCACAGCUUGCGUCCCGUCGUCCGUAGGCUUUACUGGCCGAGCCGGUCAGGCGGAAGCAUCAGACUACUCGGUUGGCUCUUCUAGCAGUAGAUUCCGAUACUCAUCCAGGCCGCAAUCGCUUGCGAUCAGUCCCAGCAGCUCUCAGAGCAGUUCUCGCAGCUCGAGCAAUGGUCAUGGUUUCUUGAGUAGCGGAUCGUCGGCUUUCUCCGGCGAAGGUCUAGACGUCGUCUGGGUGCCGUUGACGGCCGUGCGAAACCGUCGCCUGCGAUCAGCAGCCUCCCGCGUGGCGCGGGCUGCAGCAGCAGCGGAGGCGGAGGCGCAGGCGGGGGAAGAGAACGCGGAGGGCGAGGGGAAGGGGAAGCAGCAGCGGCGGGUGGUGGUGACGGGCAUGGGUAUCGUGUCAUGCCUGAGCAUGAACGCGCACGAGUUUUAUCAGAAGCUUCUGGACGGCACCAGUGGCAUCUCCGCUAUAGAGGGAUUCGAUGCCUCCGAGUUCCCCACGCGCAUCGCAGGCGAGAUCAAGGAGUUCAAGGACAAGGGCUACGUGCACCCCAAGAUGGCGCGGCGCAUGGACAAGUACAUGCGCUACCUGCUCACGGCGGGCAAGCGGGCUUUAAAGGACGCGCACAUGACCCACGAGGUGCAGGAGGGGUUCAACAAGCAGAAGUGCGGCGUGCUCAUUGGGUCGGCUAUGGGCGGCAUGCAGGUGUUCAACGAUGCAGUGGAGGCGCUCAAAGUGUCGUACCGCCGCAUGAACCCCUUCUGCAUACCCUUCGUCACCACCAACAUGGGCGGCGCCAUGCUCGCCAUGGACCUGGGCUGGAUGGGUCCCAACUACAGCAUCUCCACUGCCUGCGCCACAGCCAACUACUGCAUUCUUGCUGCCGCCCAGCACAUUCAGAGAGGCGAUGCGGACGUCAUGUUGUCAGGAGGAUCCGACGCUCCCGUCUUGCCUAUUGGUCUGGGGGGAUUCGUGGCCUGCAAGGCACUCUCUAAACGCAACGAUGAGCCUGAGAGGGCCUCCCGCCCCUGGGACAAGGAUCGCGAUGGCUUUGUGAUGGGCGAGGGGGCAGGUGUGCUGGUACUGGAGGAGCUUGAACACGCCAAGGCACGAGGCGCCACCAUCUAUGCCGAGUUUCUGGGCGGCAGCGUGUCAUGCGAUGCACACCACAUGACCGACCCGCACCCUGAAGGCAAGGGCGUGCUGAUGUGCAUUGAGCAGGCGCUGGCAUCAUCAGGGGUGCCUCGUGAGUACGUGAACUAUGUGAAUGCCCACGCUACCAGCACGCUGGCAGGCGACGUGCAAGAGUACAAGGCUCUCGUCGCUGCUUUCGGCAAUAAUCCUGUGCUGAAGAUGAACGCUACUAAGUCCAUGAUCGGCCACCUGCUGGGCGCUGCAGGAGGAGUGGAGGCCAUUGCGACCGUUGGGGCCAUCCACACAGGCUACCUGCACCCCAACCUCAACCUGGAAAAUCUCGAAGAUGGCCUGGACGAGCGCUACUUCGUGCGUGACACUAAGGAGCGGCUGGAUGUGAAUGUGGGGCUUUCCAACUCGUUUGGCUUUGGUGGACACAACUCGUCCAUCCUGUUCGCACCAUACCACCCAGAGGGGAUCCAUGCUCUAGUGGCGGAACGCAAUGCCCAAGUUUGA